AUGAAUACAAGCCCUAAAGUUCACCACUUCCUGUGGAAAUGUCUCAGUGACUCAUUACCUGCAGCUGCAAACAUGAGGAACAGACAUAUAGCAAAAGAUGGCAGCUGUGGAAGAUGCGCUAUGGAAGAUGAGACGAUCAAUCAUAUACUCUUCACAUGCCCAUAUGCUCGGUUGAUUUGGGCUAUGUCCCCAAUUCACGCUCCACCAAACGGAGUAUUGUCAGACUCUCUCUACGCAAACCUGGCCCGUGUGAUGAACCUGGAGCAUCAAGAUCCUACUGAAAAGGAGUAUGAUGAUCUCGUUCCUUGGCUGCUAUGGAGAAUAUGGAAAAACCGAAAUGAGUUCCUCUUUAAAGGAAUAGACUAUACAGCGCCAAGCACAGUCAGUAAAGCAAGAGAGGAUUUGGAGGAAUGGUUGAAAAGAAAGGAGGAAGAAAAAACUGUAGCCAAUACAGCCCCCCGCAGCAGUCAACACCAUCGAUGGAAACCACCACCCACUAGCUGGAUAAAAUGCAACUCAGAUGGAGCAUGGCAGAAAGAUCGACAUCAAAAUGGAGUGGGCUGGAUAAGUAGGAAUGAACAUGGCAGACUGCUCUGGGCGGGCAUGAAAAGCGUCCAGGGACUGAGAUCACCAGCAGAAACAGAAGCAGAAGGAAUCAAAUGGGCAAUGCACUCCAUGCGCAGCCUAGGAUACAAGCAGGUGAUUUUUGAGACAGAUGCACUCUUGAUUGUCAAAAUGAUUGCAGGAACUCAAGAAAUAUGGCCAAACCUCAAGCCAAUCAUUAUGGAAAUACAAAGCUGUCUCACUGGGAACGCUGGCUACAGGCUCGAGUAUUAUCCAAGAGAGAGUAAUAAAGCAGCAGAUAGGAUAGCAAAGGAGGCUUUUUCACUACAGAAUCAUGUCCCUAAGCUUUAUUCUAUUGUGCCAGUUUGGUUAAAAUCUGUGUUUGAGACAGAUUUGUCUACUGUAGUUCCAAACAUUAUGGGAUGA